AUGAAGCAACUCGCUAGGCAACCCUGCUGGUGGCCUAAUAUUGACAACGACAUCGAAAAACUUGCUUCACAAUGCAGUGUUUGUCAAAUUGCGGGUGCAAGUCCGAAACAAAAAUACCAUGAGUGGCCAGAGCCAGAACGACCAUGGCAACGAGUACACAUAGAUUUUGCUGGCCCAGUGUUCCAGUCUAUGUGGCUAAUAGUAGUUGACGCUUUCUCACAGUUUCCAUUUGUGGUACAGCUUAAAACUAUCACCACUAUUGACACCAUAGCAGCUUUGUCAGCAGUUUUUUCAUUAGAAGGACUACCUGAAACUAUAGUUAGUGACAAUGAACCUCAGCUAACUUCCGACCAGUUCGCUGAAUACUGUGCUCGUAAUGGCAUAAGUCAUGUUAAAACAGCACCAUUUCACCCAGCAUCAAAUGGGCUCGCGGAAAGGUUCGUACGUACAUUCAAAUCAUCCGUUCAAAAGAAUAUUGAUGAUGGGUUAUCGAUUAAAUUGGCUUUGGUAAAGUAUCUAGCGACAUACCGAACUAUUCCUAAUGCCGAAGAAAAGUCACCGGCAGAAUUGUUACAUGGGCGUGCGCCACGUACUUUGCUUACACUGUUAUCAGCACCACCAAACAACAAUAAACCCGUUACUUGUUCAACUAAAUUUUCGCCUAACGAAACCGUGUAUAUUAAACAUUAUGGUCGAGGUCCGAAGUGGGUGGAAGCAGUCAUUAUUAAAAACUUAGGAUGCUUAGGUUUAGGUUUAUAUUGUGGUUUAUAUAGUGUGAAAACGUCCAACGGUUACGUGAGACGUCAUCAAAAUCAAAUAAAACACCGUUCAUCAACGUCAGCAGAAAACAACAGCAAAUCUGAUUGGUAUAUGUUGCCAACACCUGUUAGUGAGCAUUAG